CCUUACAUUGGUGUCAGUGGGAAGAAUGCUCCUUACAUUGGUGGUCAGUGGGAAGAAUGCUCCUUACAUUGGUUGGUCAGUGGGAAGAAUGUCCCUUACAUUGGUGAUCAGUGGGAAGAAUGUCCCUUACAUUGGGGGUCAGUGGGAAGAAUGUCCCUUACAUUGGUGAUCAGUGGGAAGAAUGCUCCCCUACAUUGGUGGUCAGUGGGAAGAAUGCUCCUUACAUUGGUGGUCAGUGGGAAGAAUGCUCCUUACUUUGGUGAUCAGUGGGAAGAAUGUCCCUUACAUUGGUUGUCAUUGGGAAGAAUGUCCCUUACAUUGGUUGUCAGUGGGAAGAAUGCUUCUUACAUUGGUUGUCAGUGGGAAGAAUGUCCCUUACAUUGGGGGUCAGUGGGAAGAAUGUCCCUUACAUUGGUGGUCAGUGGGAAGAAUGUCCCUUACAUUGGUGAUCAAUGGGAA